AUGGCGCUGGGCGCUGUCCUGGCUCGAGGACGGGCGGUGUGUAGGCGCAACGGGCUUCUCAUCCUGUCUGUGCUGUCUGUCAUCGUGGGCUGCCUCCUCGGCUUCUUCCUCAGGACCCAGCGCCUCUCACAACAGGAGAUUAGUUACCUCCAGUUCCCCGGCGAACUGUUAAUGAGGAUGCUGAAGAUGCUGAUCCUGCCACUGGUGGUCUCCAGCUUGAUGUCCGGCCUUGCCUCCCUGGAUGCCAAGACCUCCAGCCGCCUGGGCAUCCUCACUGUGGCAUACUACCUGUGGACAACCUUUCUGGCUGUUGUCGUGGGCAUCAUCAUGGUCUCCGUUAUCCACCCUGGCGGUGCGGCACAGAAAGAGAUGACCGAGCAAAGCGGGAAGCCAGUCAUGAGCUCAGCUGAUGCCCUGCUGGACCUUGUCCGGAACAUGUUCCCGGCCAACCUGGUAGAGGCGACAUUCAAACAGUACCGCACCAAGACCACUCCCGUUAUCAAGUCUCCAAAGAGGACUUCAGGGGAGGCCCCGCCUCAGCGGAUCCUCAUCUAUGGGGUCCAGGAAGACAACGGCUCCCGUGUGCAGAACUUCGCCCUGGACCUGACUCCCCCACCUGAGAUUGUCUAUAAGUCUGAGCCGGGCACCAGCGAUGGCAUGAAUGUGCUAGGCAUUGUCAUCUUCUCGGCCACCAUGGGCAUCAUGCUGGGUCGCAUGGGUGACAGCGGGACGCCCCUGGUCAGCUUCUGCCAGUGUCUCAAUGAGUCAGUCAUGAAGAUUGUGGCAGUUGCAGGAUGGUACUUCCCCUUUGGCAUUGUCUUCCUGAUCGCCGGAAAGAUCCUGGAGAUGGAUGACCCCAAGGCCGUGGGGAAGAAGCUGGGUUUCUAUGCCUUGACCGUGGUAUGCGGGUUGGUGGUCCAUGGCCUCCUCAUCCUGCCCCUGCUCUACUUCCUCAUCACCAGGAAGAACCCCAUCGUCUUCAUCCGUGGAGUCCUCCAGGCUCUGCUGAUUGCAUUGGCCACCUCCUCCAGCUCAGCCACACUGCCCAUCACCUUCAAGUGCCUCCUGGAGAACAAUCACAUUGACCGGCGUGUCGCUCGCUUCGUGCUGCCUGUGGGCGCCACCAUCAACAUGGACGGCACAGCGCUCUACGAGGCUGUGGCUGCCAUAUUUAUUGCCCAGGUCAACAAUUACGAGCUCGACUUCGGCCAGAUCAUCACGAUCAGCAUCACAGCCACUGCGGCCAGCAUCGGGGCGGCUGGCAUCCCCCAGGCAGGGCUCGUCACCAUGGUCAUUGUGCUCACCUCUGUGGGACUACCCACUGAUGACAUCAACCUCAUCAUCGCCGUGGACUGGGCCCUGGACCGCUUCCGUACCAUGAUUAACGUGCUGGGUGAUGCACUGGCGGCGGGGAUCAUGGCCCACAUCUGCCGGAAGGAUUUUGCUCAGAACACGGGCACUGAGACACUGCUACCCUGCGAGACCAAGCCAGUGACACUGCAGGAGAUCGUGGCCGCCCAGCAGAACGGCUGUGUGAAGAGUGUGGCCGAGGCCUCGGAACUAACCCUCGGCCCCAUGUGCCCCCACCACAUCCCAGUCCAGGUAGAGCAGGAUGAAGAGCUGGCCACGACCAGCCUAGACCACUGCACCAUUGAGAUCAGCGAGCUGGAGACCAAUGUGUGAGCUCCCAGGGCUGCAGAGCCAGGCCAGACCCUGGGGCGCUGAACUCAAACUACACCUGAGAAGUUGGCGAAGCCCAGCUCAAGUUCCACCUGAUGGGCUCGUCAGCCAUUGAUGAGAAAUUGUCUCAGAAAAGAGAUGAUAGCAUGCGGGAGCCCCAGCCAGCAGCUACCGGCUCGUGUGGCUCAAGACCUAGCUGUGACAGUUUCUACUGCAUGAGCUCACAAAAGCAUCUGGCAGGGAGGGGUCUUUGCCGCUACCUCAUGGAGGAACAGUUUUGGGGUCUGAGAGCUACAACCACUCACUAAAAGCAACAUCAGGGCCAGGAUGUUAACUCAAGUCUUUGGAGCCUCGGCUACUCCCAUCUAGUGGACAAGGCAGCCUGCAAGGACCAGCAAAAGAGGCUAUGCCCUCUCCAGCGUCCUCACAGCUACCACUGUGUGCAACUCAUGGAGAUACAACAACAGCGUCCCUGUUUCUGUCCCAGGUCAACCGUUCCUCCACCCGACAGCAUGUGGUUUCACCCCAACACUCCCAACAAGGGCCGGCGCAUCCCAGCGCUGAGACCUGGCGGCUUCCGUGUGCCACCGCCUUGUCCAUUUCUGUCCCCCAGAUCUCUCAUCUAAUGUGGAGACCGAUGUCCACUAGAGCUGGAAGGACCCAUGGGUACAGCCCAGCCAGCCUCCCAUGGGACAGGUGGACAAGAUGGGCCGGCCACAAGGAGGGAAGCCCGGCUGGGAUUCUCUGGCCAAGUGACUUGGGGUCCGAACUCCGUAAGGCUUGUGUGGCAAAGAGGAAUGGGAGUUACUGGUCCCUUCUGUGUUUGCAAU